GCUGCGACUCAGUUCUCCCGCCUCCGCCUCCGUCGCGGCUCGUGGUUGUCCCGCCAUGGCUCUGUCGCGGGGUCUUCCCCGGGAGCUGGCCGAGGCCGUUGCCGGGGGCCGGGUGCUGGUGGUGGGCGCGGGCGGCAUUGGCUGCGAGCUCCUCAAGAACCUCGUGCUCACCGGCUUCUCUCACAUCGACCUGAUUGAUCUGGAUACUAUUGAUGUCAGCAACCUCAACAGGCAGUUUUUGUUUCAAAAGAAACAUGUUGGAAGAUCAAAGGCCCAGGUUGCCAAAGAAAGUGUACUGCAGUUUUACCCGAAAGCUAAUAUCGUAGCCUACCAUGACAGCAUUAUGAACCCUGACUAUAAUGUGGAAUUUUUCCGAAAAUUUAUAUUGGUUAUGAAUGCUUUAGAUAACAGAGGUGAGAUUAUUUUAAUAUUUUUAAUUUCUUCCCCCAUAAGAAGGCUGUUUACACAUUUAGUAUUAAUUAAAAUAUUUCUUUACAACUUAGAAGUUAAAGAUCUAAAGGGAAGUAAGAUCAGGUUUAAAUCUUGCUAA